CGUGGCCUUUUACAAGAGAAUCUCAUUGAAUAAAAGUAAUUUAAAUUAGCAAAAAAAUAGGACAAGUUAUUAAAGGUGACAUUGUACAGGAAACAUUAAAAUUGAACAAUGACUCAGCUAUAUAUUUACAUCAGAUUAUUGGGAGCCUAUCUAUUCAUCAUUUCUCAUGUUCAAGGGCAGAAUCUAGACAGUAUGCUACAUGGCACUGGGAUGAAAUCAGACUCUGACCAGAAAAAGUCAGAAAAUGGAGUAACCUUAGCACCAGAGGAUACCUUGCCUUUUUUAAAGUGCUAUUGCUCAGGACACUGCCCGGAUGAUGCUAUUAACAACACAUGCAUAACUAAUGGACAUUGCUUUGCCAUCAUAGAAGAAGAUGACCAGGGAGAAACCACAUUGGCUUCAGGCUGUAUGAAAUAUGAAGGAUCUGAUUUUCAGUGCAAGGAUUCACCAAAAGCCCAGCUACGCCGGACAAUAGAAUGUUGUCGGACCAAUUUAUGUAACCAGUAUUUACAGCCUACACUGCCCCCUGUCGUUAUAGGUCCAUUUUUUGAUGGCAGCAUUCGAUGGCUGGUUGUGCUCAUUUCUAUGGCUGUCUGCAUAAUUGCUAUGAUCAUCUUCUCCAGCUGCUUCUGUUACAAACAUUAUUGCAAGAGCAUCUCAAGCAGACGUCGUUAUAAUCGUGAUUUGGAACAGGAUGAAGCAUUUAUUCCAGUAGGAGAAUCUCUAAAAGACCUUAUUGACCAGUCACAAAGUUCUGGUAGUGGAUCUGGACUACCUUUACUGGUUCAGCGAACUAUUGCCAAACAGAUCCAGAUGGUUCGGCAGGUCGGUAAAGGCCGAUAUGGAGAAGUGUGGAUGGGUAAAUGGCGUGGAGAGAAAGUGGCAGUCAAAGUGUUCUUUACCACCGAGGAAGCUAGCUGGUUUCGAGAAACGGAAAUCUACCAGACUGUGCUCAUGCGCCAUGAAAACAUACUUGGUUUUAUAGCAGCAGACAUUAAAGGUACAGGUUCCUGGACUCAACUCUAUUUGAUUACUGAUUACCAUGAAAAUGGGUCUCUCUAUGACUUCCUGAAAUGUGCUACACUAGACACCAGAGCCCUGCUCAAGUUGGCUUAUUCAGCUGCCUGUGGUCUGUGCCACCUCCACACAGAAAUUUAUGGCACCCAAGGAAAACCUGCAAUUGCUCAUCGAGACCUGAAGAGCAAAAACAUCCUCAUCAAGAAAAAUGGAAGCUGCUGUAUUGCUGACCUGGGCCUUGCUGUUAAGUUCAACAGUGAUACAAAUGAAGUUGAUGUGCCUUUAAAUACCAGAGUGGGCACCAAACGCUACAUGGCUCCAGAAGUGCUGGAUGAAAGCCUGAAUAAAAACCAUUUCCAGCCUUACAUCAUGGCUGACAUCUAUAGCUUUGGCCUGAUCAUUUGGGAAAUGGCUCGUCGUUGUAUCACAGGAGGGAUAGUGGAGGACUACCAGCUGCCCUAUUACAACAUGGUGCCCAGCGACCCGUCAUAUGAGGACAUGCGUGAGGUUGUGUGUGUCAAACGUCUGCGGCCACUUGUGUCUAACCGGUGGAACAGCGAUGAAUGUCUACGAGCAGUUUUGAAGCUAAUGUCAGAAUGCUGGGCCCACAAUCCAGCCUCUAGACUUACAGCAUUGAGAAUUAAGAAGACACUUGCCAAGAUGGUUGAAUCCCAGGAUGUAAAGAUUUGACAGUUCAACAAUUGUGAGGAGAAAUUCUAGACUGCAAGAACUGUUCGUACCCCAGGAACAGGUGGAAUUAGGGUGGAGUAACGAUGUUAGUUGGUUCUCAGACUUUGUCCUCACUACACCUUCACAGGCUGCUAAUGUUAAACCUUCAGUACUCUGUAGAAUACAAGCUGGGAACUUCUAAACACUUCAUUCUUUAUAUAUGGACAGCUUUAUUUUAAAUGUGGUUUUUGAUGCCUUUUUUUUUUAUUGGGUUUUUAUGAACUGCAUCAAGACUUCAAUCCUGAUGAAUAAGUCUCCAGUCAAACUCUGGGUACUGAAUUGCCUGUUUGUAAAACAGUGCUUUCUGUGAAAGCCUUAAGAAGAUAAAUGGGUUCAGCAGAGAUGGAGAAAUAUAUGCUUUUGCCUUCUACCUGAGAAAAUGUAAUCUGUUUGUAUUCUGCCUUUGUAAAACAGCCUCUAGAUUAUGCUGUGUUUGGGAUACUGCUUAGUUUACCAUAGUUUGUCAUGCCUUCCUUGGUAAUGGGAGGUGUGUGUGUGUACAUGCACACCGGGCUUCCUCUGCUGCCAUUUGAAGAACAUGAUUUGUGAAUGCACAGGAAGAUAUUGGUGGCUGGUGGUUUUGUGCUUUAAAAAUGCAGUAGCUGACCAAGAUUUGCCAAUCUCAUAAAAGCCACUUACCUUGCAAGUGACAUAGCCCCACCAACUUUAUGUUUUAGAAUAAAAGUUGGUACAAAGGCCAAAAGAAAUUUUAAAUGUCUAUAAAUUUGGACAGUUUUUCUUCCACCACCAUCUUUUUUUUUUUUUUUUUCUUUUUGUAACUUUUCCUUUUUUUCAUGAAAAGUAUCCUAUCCAAAGAUGGAGCUUUCAAUGCCAUGAACCAAGCUUAUAAAGAAAACACUUCUUAUUGAAGUGAAUUACUGCACUUGAUAGCUAUGUAAGUGCCUAUAACCGUGUUCUGUAUUCUUUAUUCUCAGUAACUUUUAAAAGGGAAGUUAUUUAUA